AACAUGUUGAGCCAGCCGGUGAUUUACGCUGGCGGCGGUAGAGGAUCCUUGACCGUCGACCUCUUUUUAUGGUGGUUCCAUCGGGAGUUCGCCGUCACGGCGAUGGCCAUGCAUCCCGACGGCGCUGUGUUGGUCGCGGAGAGCGCCGACUAUUUGCCACCCGAAGCCGAUUGCAUCGCCGCCGACGGUUUGGUCAGGUUAUUCGUGGUGCCCAAGGACUGUCUAGAAAUGAGGAUCGUCAUCAGAGAACUGAGAGUCAGACUAGCCAUCGGAGUGCUCUCCAGAGCUUCUUGCGGUGUUUAUUCUAAACUCUGCAACGCAUCCAACGAAACCGAUCUCCUAACCGCUUACCUGAAGAGGUUCACGUUGAAGGAGGCGUUCGCCGAUCUACAUCGUGCCUGGUUGAGUAUCAGAUCGGAGACGUUCGCCAGAAGCUGGACUUUGCCGCGCGAUCGCGAGGAAGCGUCCGGUAGCGCCGGUCCGUCUCUGUCCUCGCGUAUCCACGCGUCACCGGAAGAGGAAGAGGACCGGAUUCUGCUGAUCGAGCUGCAGAACGUGGCUCGGGAAGUGGGUCUGGAGGUCAACGACGAGGAGCUGAGCAGGUGGAUCCUCGACGAGGAGAGCGAACUGGCGCGAUGCGUUAGGAAGAAGGAGCUUGAAGAGGAUCAUUGCCGCGUGAAGAUCGAGGCGGAGGAGAAGUGGGCCGAUUACGAGGGCGCAGAACAGCAACAGGAGGAGGAUGAAGAGGAGGACAAAGAAGACGAGCCGACCGCGGAAGAAACUGUCGGUCUGCUGUCGAGGGUGCUGACUUGGAUGGAAAGGGAACCUCUCGAUCCGGGACUAUUACUCGCCGUCAGAUCGAUGCGCGAUACCGCCGCACUCAUGGCGAGCAAGAUGGGCCUUGCGGGGACGCAUCCGAGCGGGUUACCCUUCUUCUGCCCCAACGGGGACCAUCUGACCCAACCUCCACCUGCUCAUAUGGGAAUUCCACCUUAUGGGACGUUGGAUGCAGGCAAAGCUGCUGCAGCGGCUGGUCUGACGAGAGCACCGAUGUAUCCCUUCUCCACGGGUCAAUAUCCGUACCCCAUGCUUAGCCCGGAAAUGACGCAAGUCGCCACUUCCUGGCUAAACUCUUUGACAAGCAAUGGUUUCGUUUCCAGGCAUACACCAAGCAUGUACCCCAUUUCCCCGGCAAGCACUGGUUUUCGAAGUCCGUAUCCCACGAGUUUGCCCAUCACAAGUUCUAGUUUACCAAGUGAUCUGUACCGGUUUUCGCCGACUGGUCUGAUGCCUCCGCAUCCUGGACUGAGUCCGCACGCACACGCGUUGGCGUCCCACGCGUUGAUCUCCUCGGCGCCGAAAACGGAUCAUUCUACCUUGGAUCACAAUCACAGGUCUUCGGUAGAACAGAAGAACUCGACGUCGUUACCCACGGACAACUCGAAAGCUCAGGACACGGGGCAGCAGAACAAUCAAGAUAAAAAGAAACCCCAUAUAAAAAAGCCUUUGAACGCAUUUAUGCUGUACAUGAAGGAGAUGAGGGCGAAAGUCGUGGCGGAGUGUACCUUAAAAGAGAGCGCUGCCAUCAACCAAAUAUUGGGAAGACGAUGGCACUCGCUAAGCCGGGAGGAGCAGGCGCGGUAUUAUGAGGCGGCCAGGCAGGAGCGCCAUCUCCAUCAGCAACGAUACCCCGGCUGGAGUGCCAGGGAUAACUACGGAUACGGCAGCAAGAAGAAGAAGAGGAAGAAAGAACGGUCCGCAGAUCCCACCGGAGGUAACAACAUGAAGAAAUGUCGCGCCAGGUAUGGAUUAGACCAGCAAAGCCAAUGGUGCAAGCCGUGCAGACGUAAGAAGAAAUGUAUCAGAUACAUGGGGGAGGGAGGAGACGGCGACGGCGAAGCGGACGGCGAAGGCGAGGACGAUCACUCGGAGGACAACCUGGGCAGCGUGGGGGAGGCAGGCACUCCCGAGGAGGACGAGUCCCUGAGCAGUCCCGGGGGUUUGUCCGCGUUGUCUAGUCUGGCUAGUCCGUCACUGGUGUUACCGUCGCCCUCGAGCCUGGCCAGCCCGUGUCCCUGCCCUCUGACACCCCCGGUGCCGCCUCCGCCCUUGUCCAACCCGACCAGUCAGCCGCACAAUCAGCCGGUACAACCGCCGCCGCCCCACCGUAACCCGGUCGGCACGAAUCCCCACGACAUCAACAAUCCCCUUAGCGUGAACCAACUGACCGGACAGUGUAUAAAGAGUGAAGUGGUGUCGGCGCCGUCGGGCACGUCCAAUCCGGCGAUCAGUGUUACGUAGCCCCGGCCGGACCCACGUGACAAGACUGUUGCUACGCGCCGUGUCAUCAACAGGGUCCAUGUACGUGUACAGACGGCAAGCUGGACGAUAAUGGGGGUCACCGUCGUCGCCCGGUCUAGGGAGACGACGAAGGAGGAGGCGGUGGAGAGCUGGCUCCUCUUUGUUGGGAUCGUCGUGGGACAGAUCUGAACUGGAGGAUUUUGCUGGCCACUCGUCAGUCGCGAGAAGACGGACUUGGACGUCCAAGGUGACCACGAAGACAGCGAGAGAGGUCCUUCUCAGGCUAGGGUAGAAGUUCGUCAGGCGACCAAGAGGAUCGUCGAGGCUCCCGACGCGUGGAUACGAUUUGGAUCUACCACGCAGGGCUACCGGCGGAUAUCCUCGUGUCCAACCUCGCCGCGUUCGUUCGUCGGGACAGACCCAGUGUCCAGAGUCUUAGUAGCGAUAGGCAAGAAUCUGGGGACAUACGGACGUUCACGCGUGUUAACGAGCAGACGGACAAGCGAACAGCGAAAGCAAAGGCAAAAGAAACAUAUGAACAUACGAUGCAGAAAUACUCAGGACCAAGUGUCUGGCUGUAGUCACCCACUCGAGAGAGAAAGAUUGUCAGUUCGCGUGCUAGGUAGAUGAGAGAGACGCGUGGAGAGUGUGAGUGUGUGAGAGCGUGAAAGGAACGAAGAAAGAGAGAAUGAAACCGCGUAACAGGCUGACGAUAUGAAGGUGCGCGUGACACAGCUUGUAGUCCUUGUUACGUUGUGAUGCCAAUGACUGAGAGGUCAUGUUCCUGUGCCAGGUACUAUAUUCUAUAAAGUAAUUAUACCGCAGACGUAUAAACUAAAGGUAAAACGAGCAAGCAAGAUAGAGAGGGAGAGAAUGAACGAGAGAAUGUAAGAAUGAAAGGACAGUGACAAAGGAUGAUGAGUCCAAACGAGAACGAGACGUUUCGUCGUCAUUCAUUUGAUUCGACCUCACGAUGUCAGAAAUACCUAAUCUCCUGUAUGUAAUUUGUUAUUUUUUUAAAAGUCUAUACACCGUGCGAUUGAUUAGCGUGUAAGAUCCCUUCUGUCUUUUCGUUUCUUCUCUUUGCGAGAACCCGUGUCGUUUUAGAAAAUCGCCCUCAACGAAAUCCACCGCGUAACCGAUUUUAUCUGACCUUCGUCGUUAUAUCUUUACUCCCGAUUAGACUGUACGGCGUAACGCCAGGUGAACGUUUUGCGCAAUUGUUUUAAGCGG